AUGGCAAGCUCUAUCACUAGCUCCGCAUCGAAGAACAAAGCCACCAUCGUGAUCGUACAGGGCUCUUUUCACACUCCGGUAGCAUAUGAGGCCCUAAGAGAACAACUCACGUCCUUGGGGCAUCUCACGAUCCACCCAAUUCUACCAAGCUGUACCAAUAUAGAGGACCCCGCAUUUCCGUCCAUCACGCUUAUCGAUGAUGCCCUUGCCGUACGACUCGAAAUCAUCCGCCAAGUCGAAUAUGAAAAUAAUCUCGUCUUGGUAGCCAUGCAUUCCUAUGGAGGAUUGGUUGGCAGCGAGGCCAUUCCCGAGGAACUUACAUAUACAUAUCGAAAGGCGCGAGGGCUUUCCGGAGGUGUAAUCCAUCUAUACUAUUUCAGUGCAUUCAUUCUUCCCGUUGGACAGUCGGCUCUCGGUGCUUUUGGAGAGUCUCCAAACAACGAUAUUAGGCCCGACGGGCGUUUUGGUAUCUUCAAUGGCGCGUCCAUCCUCUAUAACGAUCUAUCGGAUUCCGAUGCGCAGUACUGGAGAUCACAACUCAUUCUUCAAUCCUACAAUGUUCAGAAAACGAAACUUACGCGCGCUGCAUACACAUACCUUCCCUCGACCUAUCUCAUCUGCGAGAAUGACCGGGCUGCCCCUUCACAAUACCAGGAGAUGUUUGCAUCUACUGCAGGUGCUCAAGUUGAUAGGUGCAAUGCAGGACAUUCAGCAAUGUUGAGUCAAACUGCACUACUUACCGAGAAGAUUUCGACAGCAGCCGAAUUGGCUAUUCAGGAGGCAAACAAUGGCAUAUAG